AUGGAGACAGAGGGCACUGGGACUUCAAAGACGUCCUAUCAGCUGGAGGCUCUGACAUCCACUGAUGACCAGCUUUUCCUGGUUAAAGGUGGAAUCUUGCUUGGUACUGUUGCUACAGCGGAAAUGCUAGCUGGAUUUGUUACAGCAUUAUCAUUGGCUAAAAAGAAAAGUCCUGAAUGGUCCAGUAAGGGAAGUAGGCCACAGAAGCCUUACUGGAGAGCAGGUGUUCCCUUGCCUUGCGAGCCCUGCAUGGCAUGGGGCUCAAUUUAUUCAUGGCAUGGGUUUGGUGUGAUCAGCUUUGAGGUCUGGAAAGCUUUAGGAAUUCACAUAACUAUGAAGCAGAUGAAAGACUUUCAAAGUAAAAUGCAAUCAAUAUUUCCAACAAUUCCCAAGAACUCUUGA